GCCGGGAGGCCCCGCAGAACUGCAGCGCCCGGAAAGCCGCGGGCCUGCAGGGGACUGGUCCUCCUUCUGGGCCGCGCGCCGCGAGAUGCGGGCCCCGGCCAGGGAGCUCUUCCGGGACGCCGCCUUCCCCGCCACGGACUCCUCGCUCUUUUCCAGCUUCUCCACGCCGCUGGCCCGGUUCCGGGAGGACAUCACGUGGAGGCGGCCCCAGGAAAUUUGUGCCACGCCCCAGCUCUUCGCAGAUAACCCCCAGGAAGGCCAGGUGAAGCAGGGGCUGCUGGGGGAUUGCUGGCUCCUAUGUGCCUGUGCCGCCCUGCAGAAGAGCCAGCACCUGCUGAACCAGGUCAUUCCUCCAGGACAGCCCAGCUGGCUCGACCAGACGUACCGUGGCGCCUUCACCUUCCGAGUCUGGCAGUUUGGACGCUGGGUGGAGGUGACUGUGGAUGACCGUCUGCCUUGUCUUGCAGGGAGGCUCUGCUUCUCCCGGUGCCAGAGAGCUGAUGUGUUCUGGCUUCCUUUGCUGGAGAAGGUCUAUGCCAAGGUCCAUGGGUCCUACGAGCACCUGUGGGCAGGGCAGGUGGCUGAUGCGCUGGUGGACCUCACUGGUGGCCUGGCGGAAAGGUGGACCCUGAAGGACUUGGCAAGAGCCAGUGGCCACCAGGACAGGCCUGGCAACUCAGAGCACAGGGCUUGUCGCCAGCUGCUUGGUCUCAAGGACCGGUGUCUGAUAAGCUGCGCGGUGCUCAGCCCCAGAGAGGGUGCCGGGGAGCUCGGCCAGUUCCAUGCCUUCGUUGUCUCGGAUCUGCGAGAGCUCCGGGGUCAGGCUGGGCAGAGCAUCCUGCUGCUAAGGAUUCAGAAUCCCUGGGGCCGGCAGAGCCGGCAGGGACCCUGGACAGAGGGGGGCGAAGGGUGGCACCUGCUGGACCCCGCGGAUGCGUCGGAGUUGCUUUCGCAACUCCAGGAAGGGGAGUUCUGGAUGGAGGAGGAGGAAUUCCUCCAGGAGUUCGAUGAGGUCACCAUUGGCUACCCGUUCACGGAGGCUGGCCAUCUGCAGAGCCUCUACUCAGAGAAGGUGCUGCGCCACACGCAGGAGCUGCCCGGGGCCUGGGUCGAGGGACAGUCGGCAGGCGGCUGCCGGAACAACAGUGGCUUUCCCAGCAACCCCAAGUUCUGGCUGCGGGUCUCAGAGCCCAGCGAGGUAUACGUUGCUGUCCUGCAGAGACCCAGGGUGCGCACACUGGGCCGGGCAGGCUGGGCCCAGGCCCCGGCGGGGAAUGACCAUGCUGUGUGGAGCCCGGUGGGCUUCCCGAGCAAGGACUACCAGGCUGUAGGCCUGCACAUCUGGAAGGUGGAGAAGCAGCGGGUCAGCCUGCCCAGGGUCCUGUCCUCACCCCCUGUGGCUGGCACCGUGUGUCACGCGUAUGACCGGGAGGUCCACCUCCGCUGUGAGCUUGCCCCGGGGUACUACCUGGCCGUCCCCAGCACCUUCCUGAAGGAUGUACCAGGGAAGUUUCUGCUCCGGGUCUUCUCCAGUGGGCGAGUGUCUCUCAGCGCCGUCAAGCCUGUGGCCCAGAGCCCUGCCCCCAGGGAGGCCCUGCCACUGGGGGAGUGGGAGACCGUGCGGCUGCGGGGCUCCUGGAGACUUGGCCAGACAGCGGGUGGCAGCAGGAACUUCGCCUCCUACCCCACCAACCCCUGCUUCCCACUCUCGGUCCCCGAGGGCACCGGCCCACGCUGCAUCCGCAUCGCCCUGCAGCAGGAUUGCCAGGACGGCAAGUGCCACCCCAUCGGCUUCCACGUCUUCCAGGUGCCCCCGGGUGGCAGGGGCCCAGGCGCGCCCUCCCUGCUGCUGCAGGAGCCCCUGCUGAGCUGUGUGCCGCAUCGCUACGCCCAGGAAGUGAGCCGCCUCUGCCACCUCCCGGCGGGGAGCUACAGGAUCGUGCCCUCCACCUACCUGCCAGACUUGGAGGGGGUCUUCACUGUGACCAUAGCCACCAGGAUAGACAGGCGCUCCAUUCACAGCCAAGAGGCGCUGGGGCAGCUUCUCCAGGAGGCCUCCUUUAUGGCCGUGAUGAAAACCUAACUGGGAGAUCCCGCGUGUCAGCUCCAGCGACGGGUCUGAGGGGCGUCCUCACCGGGUGCUGCCGGCCUCCUCGCUGCCGCAGCUCGACCCACGCUGGAUGGCAGCGUGUGCCUGGAGGCCCCGGUGAGGAGCCCCGUCCUGGGGAGAGGCAGUCCUGGGGUCGAUCAAGUGCCACAGGAAGGGCAAGGGAAACUCACAGGGGCGUGUUUGCUCCACGCCACAGACGGCAGAGCCUCCCCGAAUCCGCUGCGUCCCCCCUCUGGCUCCAGAGAGGCCUGGCCGUGGGCGAGAGGACCAUAUCGUGACAACACUGAUCAGGACUCUUUAUUUGAGAUACUUUUAGGAUGUAACUUUAUAAACGCAGGAGUAUUGAGCA